CUCGGCGCUCGAUUCCCCGCGCCUUGUCACGUGGGCGCCUGCCCCUCCCACCCCAGAUUCUGACGCCCUAGGCAACCGGCCCGCCCCCUCCGUUUCCAGGGACGCGCUCUUCCAACUUCCGGCCGCGAGAGGCGUGCCCAGGACCCUGACUCCGGAAUCCGGCUCAGCGCGACGCCCCCUGAGCCGGGCUCGGAGCCGCGAGCGCCGGAGAUGAGCACCAGCUACUCGUCCCUUAUGGCUGGGAUCAUUUACUACAGCCAAGAACGGUAUUUCCACCACGUGCAUCAGGCUGCGGCCUUGGGCCUGGACAAAUUCAGCAAUGACCCCGUACUGCAGUUCUUUAAAGCCUAUGGGAUCCUCAGAGAAGAGCGCAUCCAGGAUGCCAUCAGCAACCUGGAGAGCAUCCGGAACCACCCAGACGUGUCCCUCUGCUCCAUCAUGGCCCUCAUUUAUGCUCACAAGUGCUGUGCAGCUGUCGACCGAGAAGCCGUUCAGGAGCUGGAGAACAGCCUGAAGGAAAUCCGCAAGACAGCCGGCGGAACUGCCCUGUACUAUGCCGGCCUCUUCCUCUGGCUCGUGGGCCACCGUGACAAGGCCAAGGAGUACAUCGACCGCACGCUGAAAGUUUCCAGCAGCCCCAGAGAGGGUUACGUGCUCAGAGGCUGGGUGGACCUCACCUCGGACAAGCCCCACAUCGUGAAGAAAUGCAUCAGGUACCUGGAACAAGGAAUGCAGGACGCCAAAGAUGUGCUGGGGCUGAUGGGAAAGGCGACAUACUUCAUGCUGCAGCAGAACUACUCGGGGGCCCUGGAGGUGGUGAACCAGAUCACCAGCACCUCGGGGAGCUUCCUGCCCGCCCUCGUCCUAAAGAUGCGGCUGUUCUUGGCUCGGCAGGACUGGGAGCAGGCGGUAGAAACAGGACACAGAAUCCUAGAAAAAGAUGAAAGCAAUAUUGAUGCCUGCCAAAUCCUAGCUGUGCAUGAACUUGCAAGAGAAGGAAACAUAACCAUAGCUGCCAAUCAUGUUAGAAACCUGAUUAAGGCACUGGAGACAAGAGAGCCCCAAAAUCCAAACCUCCAUCUUAAAAAAAUCCUUGUGGUUAGCAGGCUGUGUGGAAGGCACCAGGCGAUUCUGCAGCUGGUGUGUGGCUUCAUCGAGCGCACGUUCGUGGCCACAGCCGCCUACGCCCACGUGGCCACAGAGCUGGGCUAUCUCUUCAUCCUACGGGACCAAGUGAAGGAGGCAUCUCUGUGGUACUCGGAGGCCAUGAAAUUGGACGAGAGCAGUGUGGCUGCCUUGACAGGGAUCAUCUGGUGCCAGAUCUUGGACGGCCACCUGGAGGAGGCUGAACAGCAGUUGGAAUUUAUGAAGGAGGUGCAGCAGUGUCUCGGGAAGUCUGAGGUGCUGGUUUUCCUCCAGGCCCUUCUGGCGUCCAGGAAGCAAAAGGGGGAGCAGGAGGCCACCCGGCUCCUGAAGGAGGCUGCGGGGCUGCACUUUGCCGGCAUGCAGGGCCUCCCCCUGGGCUCCGAGUACUUCGAAAAGCUGGACCCCCUCUUCCUGGUCUGCAUCGCCAGGGAGUACUUGUUCUUCUGCCCCAAGCAGCCCCGGUCGCCGGGCCAGAUCGUGUCUCCACUUCUCAAACAAGUCGCUGUGAUCAUGAAUCCUGUCGUCAAAGCGGCGCCAGCUCUGAUCGACCCCCUGUAUGUGAUGGCUCAGGUCAAGUACCUCUCAGGAGAGUUAGAGAAUGCCCAGAGCACCCUGCAGCGUUGCCUGGAGCUGGACCCCACCUCCGUGGACGCCCACCUCCUCAUGUCCCACGUCUACCUGGCGCAGGGCAAUUUUGCCAUGUGCUCCCACUGCUUAGAGCUGGGCGUCAGUCACAACUUCCAGGUCCGAGACCACCCCCUCUACCACUUGGUCAAGGCCAGGGCCCUCAACAAGUGUGGGGACUAUCCGGAAGCCAUAAGGACGCUGAAAAUGGUCAUAAAAUUACCAACUCGGAAGACGGAAGAAGGCAAGAAAUUCCGCGGGCCCUCCAUGCAGCCCAGUGAGCGGGCGUCCCUCUUACUGGAACUGGCAGACGCCCUCCGCAUGAAUGGGGAGCUGCAUGAGGCCACCAAGGUCAUGCAGGACGCCAUCAACGAGUUCAGUGGCACACCGGAGGAGAUCCGCGUCGCCAUUGCCAACGUGGACCUGGCCCUGAGCAGUGGGAACGUGGACGUGGCCCUGAGCAUGCUGAGGAACAUCACACCCAAGCAGCCCUUCUACGUGGAAGCCAAGGAGAAGAUGGCCACCAUCUACCUGCAGACCCGCAAAGACAUCCGCCUCUACAUCGGCUGCUACCGGGAACUCUGUGAACAACUGCCUGGCCCCCACACCAGCCUGCUACUGGGGGAUGCUUUCAUGAACAUUCAGGAGCCUGAGAAGGCCCUGGAGGCUUAUGACGAGGCCUAUAGAAAGAACCCACACGAUGCAUCGCUGGUCAGCAGGAUCGGGCAAGCCUAUGUGAAGACCCACCAGUACACCAAGGCAAUUAAUUAUUAUGAGGCUGCGCAGAAGAUCAACGGACAGGACUUUCUGUGCUGUGAUCUCGCUGAACUGCUCCUGAAGUUAAAGAAGUUCAACAAAGCAGAAAAAGUCUUGAAACAGGCACUGGAACACGACUUUGCCAAAGACCUCCCAGCCAUGAUGAACAAUGUCAAGUGCUUGCUUUUGCUGGCAAAGGUUUACAAGAGUCAUAAAAAAGAAGACGUGAUGGGAACUUUGAACAAGGCCAUGGACCUCCAGUCUCAGAUCCUGAAGCGCGUUGCACUGGAGCAACCAGAAAUGAUCCCCUCCCAGAAACAACUGGCAGCCUCCGUCUGUGUCCAGUUUGGGGAGCACCACCUGGCAGAGAAGGAGUUUGCCAAGGCAGUGCGGUCUUAUAAGGAUGCCCUCUUCUACUCGCCUGAUGACAAUAAGGUGUUGCUGGAGCUGGCCCGCCUCCACCUGCUGCAGGGCCACCUGGACUUGUGUGAGCAGCACUGUGCCGAUCUCCUGCAGACGGAGAAGAGCCACGAGAUGGCCUCAGUGAUGAUGGCUGACCUGAUGUUUCGAAAACAGAAAUACGAAGCUGCCGUCAAUCUCUACCACCAAGUCCUGGAGAAAGCACCAGACAACUUUCUGGCAUGGAAUAAACUAAUUGACCUGCUAUGGAGAAGCGGCAGACUUGAGGAUGCCCCUGUCUUCUUCGAAUUGGUCAAGAGGAUGUCCAGCCGUGUUCCUUUGGAGCCAGGUUUCAACUACUGCAGAGGCAUCUACUGCUGGCGCAUAGGGCAGCCCAACAAAGCACUGAAGUUCCUAAACAAGGCGCGCAAGGACAGCACUUGGGGCCAGAGUGCCACCUACUACAUGGUGCAGAUCUGCCUGAACCCGGACAACGAGGUCGUGGGCGGAGAGGUUUUCAAGAACCUGGUGGCGGAGAGCAACUCCACCGACAGGAAGUCCCUCGAGCAACACGCCGUGCGCACCGCCGAGAAGCUGCUGCGCGAUUUCUACCCGCGCUCGGACUGGGGCCAGACCCAGCUGCGGCUGCUGCAGAGCCUCUGCCUGCUGGCCACCAGGGACAAGGCCAACGUGGAGGCGGCGCUGGGCACCUUCAUCGCGAUGGCACAGGCCGAGAAGGACAGCGUCCCCGCCCUGCUGGCCACGGCGCAGGCCCACGCGCUGCUGAAGCAGGUCCCCAAGGCGCGCACGCAGCUGAAGCGUCUGGCCAAGGCCCCGUGGACGCCGGACGAGGCCGAGGACCUGGAGAAGAGCUGGCUCCUGCUGGCUGACGUUUACUGCCAGGGCGGCAAGUUCGACCUGGCCUCGGAGCUGCUGCGGCGCUGCGUGCAAUACAACAAGUCCUGCUUCCGGGCCUAUGAGUACAUGGGCUUCAUCAUGGAGAAGGAGCAGGCCUACAAAGACGCGGCCGCCAACUACGAGCUGGCCUGGAAGUACAGUCAUCACGCCAGCCCGGCCGUGGGCUUCAGACUCGCUUUCAACUACUUGAAGGAUAAGAGAUUUGUGGAGGCCAUUGAAGUCUGUCACACGGUCCUCGGAGAGCAUCCUAACUACCCCCAAAUCAGAGAAGAAAUUUUGGAAAAGGCCCAAGGGUCUCUGAGGCCCUAGCUGUGGUCAGUGGGAGCCAGGGCGGGGAGGAGCCAUCAACCUACAGACAUUUCACUUCUACAGAAGUAGAGGUCAGAGUGGGUCAGUGAGAGGAGAUUCGAAAAUGACGUAUUCUUCCCGUGUC